CGCGUCCUCCAUUGCUUUUGGGCGCGCACUGACCUGCUGCCCCCUCUCGAUCUGCUCGCCAUGGCUUCCAACGACGUGGACUUCCGGGCGUUAUACCAGAGCUCGCUAAAGCUGACGACGUCCCUGGGUGAGCUGGGGAUCCCUCGGCUGGAGAAGCGUCUGGAGCAGCUGGAUGAUGCGUCGCGUGCACUUAACGCCCAGGUACCCAGUUCUACUGGAAGCCGCAAGCGCCCAGCCGCCGCAGGGGCCGACAAGGCCAAUUUCCUACUUGCAGCCAAAGGUAUCGACGCAGAGAAACUCAGUAAGGAGCUGAAGCAGUUCGAGAUCGCGCCCGAGUUUGAGCCUGAGACGCCGCUGGGCGAGACGGACUUGGAGGGAUAUCUAGCUCACCACCACGAAAUGAUCGUGCUCACGGCCAUCGAGGACGUUAACCGCCGCACAGUGGAGGCCACACACGAUCGUAUGAACCGCGCUAUGAUCGACGACUUCGAGGACGCCAAGCAGCGUCUACUAGAAGACCUUGGAGGGGCCAAACAGCUCGGUAUCCGCAACUAUCCACGCGUCCUGGACUCGGACGAGGCUGCCGGCAGCAUCUUCUCCUCUGCAGUUCGGGAGAAGCGCCAGGUUCUCGAGUCUGCGUCCGGUCUGGGACUCAGCGGCGCGUCUUUCGCUGGCCAGCCUCGCUUCCAGUCUACCAGCUCAGGCUUCGGAACGCCGUCGCUGCAUAUGUCGCAGCUGCAAGUAGAGAACGCAAUGACAGAAGAGAUGAAGCAGUACUAUUCCGUCAUUAAGGAGCUCAACAGCAGCCGCGUGCCCAAUACGCGCAGUCAGUUCGAACUCGCGCGCCACUUCCAGCGACUAUGUUCGUCCAACGUGUCGGUGUCGAUGACUGGAUCCAAGUGGGAGGCUGUGCUCAAGUGCUGGCAGCUCGUGAACGACUUGCUGGCAGGUGGAGACUCUACCAAACCCAGUGCGCCAAAGCUGGCGGAGCGUGAGUUCCAGACUGCGAGACAGGGAACCGACGAAGCGCAACGCAAGCUAUUCCAGCAUCGUCUUGCGUUUGGUGCCCGUGUAUUCCUGGAGAACCAGUUCCGUGCAUUCGUACUGGAGACUGUACAGAAGAACAGUCUUGCUAUUGGUGGCAUUCCGGAUCUAGUGGCUACUAUCCGCGCGUUCGUGAAGCAUCUGCACAGCUCGCGCUAUGCUGCCAACGGCAGUGGCAGCAGUACGGACGUGGACAAUAUCUGGGCUAUUAUCUACUACUGCUUGCGCUGUGGAGGUGACCAAGAAGCAGUCAAUCUCGUGACCAAGCUGUCAAACUCAGGCGAGGAGUCCACCAUUGAUGGCGAUGUGCUCUGUGCGUUAAAAUACCGUGCACACCAGAAGAGCUUGUACGCGGACCGUACCGCUAACCCGCUGAAUGCCUUUUCCAAGCAAUUCCCCGCCGAGUUUGAGCGCUUGGUGGACCGCUACCACCGCUUGGUGAGCUCCUCGAUCGACGCAGUGUCUGUCGUGAACCCAUUUGAACGCUGUGUUGUGAACCUGCUGUGCUUCGGUAACGUCAAUGCCAAUGAGCAACGCAUCACGACAACUGUGGAGGACUAUCUGUGGCAGCGCCUCUGCUUUAUCCAGCGCGUAGCAGCAACCAGUUCUGCUCCGGACAGCACUUACACAAUUACCAAGCUAUCCCAGAGUAUGCAAAGGUUUGGUCCGACCCACUUCGAAGGCGGCGCACAGCCUGGUGGUGGCAAUUUUUCAGCGUUCCUGUACUUCGAGAUUCUGCUCAUCACGCAGGAAUUCGAGAAGGCAAUUAAAUACCUGGCAUCCAAGGGUUUCCUGCUGGAAGCGGUACACUUCGCAAUUACUCUGAGCCACUACGGAUUGUUGGAAUGUACGUCGUUCUCAAUGGGAGAGGAAGACGAGACAACAGUCGAUAUGGUGCGCCUGGUUCGCCAAUACAUUCAUGGGUUCCAGCGUGCCAAUGCCGCGGAGGCUGCAGACUAUGUGGCGUGCAUUUCGGACUUGACAGCGAAGAAGGAGCUACUCGCGGAGCUGCUACUUGACACACGCAAGUUCGAUGUGCUCGCAGGAUUCACUAACAACACAGAUGGCUCACGUACUCGUGGACUAUACGAUCACCUGCUCAAGGACGAGCCUGAAGAUGAGGUCAAGGAGCUUAUUCUUUCGGCAGCACGCAAGGCUGAGGCUCGCGGUCGCCCGCAUGAUGCAUUUGCUCUGUUGAAGAGCGCCGGUGACAUUGAGGGUGUUAUCGUGCUGCUGAACUCGCAACUCAGCUCGACGCUGGCUGCCACACGGCCAGAGCGUGAGGAGUGGUUCCGUGAGGCUAAGGAGUUUGCCGAGAAAUGGAUGCGCUUCCCAUGGGUCCAGGUUAUAGCCAACCGGCAUGCACGUACGGCCGCUAUUGCCUUCCAGACACUUUUGAACAUUAGCAUCUUCCUGGAGAUCUUCGAGAAGCAGCAGUACGAAGACGCCAUCGGGUUUGUGGAUGAACUGGAGGUUGUACCGACCCAGAACUCGAGUAACCUAUCGCUGUGUGUGGAUCGCUUCCUCGCUUUCGACGAGAGUGUUCGUCAGAACUUCCACAUUCUGCUGCUCGGAUAUAUGGAGUGUCUUGUGCGUGAUGCGGACCGCCUGAAAACUCAGGUCUCUGGCGAAAUCCGACGUGCCGGUAUCGCUGCUCUGCGCGAAAAGGCCGAACUCCUCGUCACAUUCGCAGGCAUGAUCAAGUUCCGUCUUCCUUCGGGCACUAACGAGCGACUGAACCGCAUGGAGGCCAUGAUCUAUUAGAAUGCCACACUGGAAUACCGUUCAACAAGAGAUCAAAGAACUAGAAGAACGCUGUUUCGGACUGCAAUUUGUAUUGUAUUUGCAGUUCAACAAUGACUGUUUUCUUCUUUGGACUACAACUACACUAUCAAUCUUUCUCUCCUCUCGCUGGUCAAAUAAAUUUGCAUUGCAUUGUCUUGAUGUUCUUCAUUGUGCCUGGCAAUAAAUGACGGGGUUAAAUCACCGCAGCGGUGCCUGGCGCUGGGAGAACAGUCUCGUGGCAUUCGACGAGAACUGGA